AUCUUCGCCCAGCCAUGCCCGAACCGACGCUCGAAGCUCAACAACACGCGCUGUCAUGAUCGCAUCUUGUCUAUCUGUACUGUAACGACCCGGGCACAUUACAUUCGAACCUCCCUUCUUAUGAGGGCUUGCUGAACGGAUCACGUAUUCGCCUCGCGGGCUGGCAGCCGCCAUGCUUUCCGCAUUUACAGCUCGGCCGAUCAUAGAGCUAAAGCCGGGGGUAAAGUCCAAGAUUGAGACAAUCCUCGCGCAUGGCGAUCGUGUGUUCGUCGGCCUUAACAACGGUGUCCUUCGUAUCUAUCGAGUGAAUGAGCUACCGUCUUCGUCACCGACCAAGGCCAAUGGCUCUCAACUGACCGCGACGAGCCCACCGAAGGCGACAGACGACCCUAAGGCGACCCAACAGCCCAAGAAACCCACAGAUCUGCUUCGCGAAAUUGAGAAGUUUUCGAACAGAGCAAUCGAUCAGCUUGCAGUCAUCAAAGAAGCCAACACACUUGUCUCGCUGUCGAACUAUUACGUAUCGCUGCACGAUCUCGGAACUUAUGAACCCCUCGAAACUCUAUCACGAACAAAGAACGCAACUUGCUUCGCCGUGACAUCAAACAUCGUCAAGGAUGCAGCCACAGGAAUACCAGAGAUUAUUAGUCGCCUGGCGGUGGCAGUUCGUCGCCGCCUGCUACUGUGGAGUUGGCACGAGAGCGAGUUGGGCACUGACGUGGGUGAGGUUACCCUGCCGGAAUCGAUACGAACCGUGACCUGGGCCAGUGCGACAAAGGUCGUCUGCGGAAUGAACUCCGGAUACGUCAUGGUUGACGUGGUUACCCACGAAGUCGAAGAUAUCAACAGCCCCGGUCCUGCAGCAUCGGGCGGGCAAGCCAGUCGGUUUGGAGCUGUCAGCAGUGCAGGCAUGGGCUACAUGGGUCUCGGAGGUUACAUGCCCAAGCCGCUUGCUGCAAAGUUGGCAGAAGGAGAGCUACUACUCGCCAAGGAUAUCAACUCCAUGUUCAUCACCGAUGAGGGUAAGCCCGUCGAAAAACGACAGAUUCCAUGGCAAUCGGCUCCGGAACAAAUCGGGUACUCGUACCCUUACAUCCUAGCAUUGCAACCUCCGUCCAAAGGCUCUCUGGAAGUAAGAAAUCCAGACACUCUGCACCUGCUGCAGACCAUCCCGCUCCCUGGCGCGGCGCAACUUCACUUCCCGCCUCCCAACCUCAGUCUUGCUCAUGCGGGCAAAGGGUUUCACAUCUCUAGCGACCGAUGCGUGUGGAAGAUGGGCGCUACUGACUACGACGCGCAAAUCGACGAACUGGUGGAGAAGGGCAAAUUCGACGAGGCCGUUAGCAUUCUGAACAUGUUGGAGGACGCUCUGCUGCAGAACAAGAAAGAGACUCUCCGAGAAGUCAAGAUGUUGAAGGCCGAGACUCUUUUCAGGCAAAAGAGGUUUUACGACUCCAUGGACCUCUUCAACGAAGACGACGUUCAUGCACCGCCCGAGCGAGUGUUGAAACUUUUCCCGCCUUCCAUUGCUGGAGAGAUGUCCGGUUGGGCGCAUGGCGCACAGCCAGAAGAAUCUGGCAGUGACGAAAAAGAGGGCGACGAAGAACAUCAUGAGAAGGCUAACGGAGAGAAGCCCGUCAAGGAAGACACAACUGCAACCCCUACGUCACCUGCGAAAGGGGGCGUUGGUUUUGCCAAGCUGUUCAUGGGACACCGAAAGCCAGUACAGUCGGACGCUGCCUCUAUCAUGUCCAAGAAGGACACGAUAGAUGUCGAGGAAACAGGCAGCAGCCGAAACAGGCCCGGGGACAACCAGCCCUUGGAAGGGGAUGACCUUCGGGACGCCGUCAGAUCUUUGGCUGGAUAUCUCGUUGGAACAAGGACGCGCUUGCAACGGGUCAUUGACCCGAGUACCGGCAAGCUGAAGCGAUCUGAUACUAACGGGUCUACCGAGGAGGCAAUGAAAAGUUUCAUGUCGGGACCGCACGUCGAAGAAUCAAGCAGCCAGCUCGAGGGGGAGAUUCGAAGGACAUCGAGAAUUGUCGACACAGCUUUAUUCCGAAGCUACAUGAUGACCAGCCCUUCCCUGGCCGGCCCCCUUUUCCGACUUCCGAACUUCUGCGACCCGGACGUUGUGAAUGAAGCGCUGCUCGCUCACAGCCGAUACAAUGAGUUGGUAGACUUUUUCAGUGGCAAGAAGCUUCAUUCCCAGGCACUGGAGCUCCUCAAGCGCUUCGGGACCGCCGAGGAACCCGAUGAAGCCGCGCCAGGCCUACACGGGCCUCAACGGACUGUGACCUAUCUGCAGACGCUACCACCGUCCGAGAUCGAUCUCAUUUUGCAGUACUCGGAAUGGGUUCUCAGAGCAGACUCGAAAUUGGCUAUGGAGGUAUUCAUUGCCGAUUCCGAGAACGCCGAGACAUUGCCUCGAGCUCGGGUUGCGCGCUUCCUGGGAGGGAUUGAUCCAAGUCUCGAAGUUCAAUAUUUGGAGCACAUCAUCAUCGAGCUCGACGAAUCAACACCAGACUUUCACAAUCGUCUGGUCGAGCUAUUCAUCAAGCAGUUGAAAGACAAAAAGCGAAAUGACGAUUGGGACGCGGCGAUGGACCGCUUCGUGCAGUUCCUCAAGACCAGCAGCCAGUACAGCCUUAUCAAGGCAUUUAGCCUUAUUCCGCGGGAUGAUCCCGCCUUUUACGAGGCUCAGGCCAUUGUGCUGAGUAGCAUGGGCUCGCACAAACAAGCUCUAGAGAUAUACGUGUUCAAGAUGAAGAAUUAUGCGAAAGCAGAAGAGUACUGCAAUCAGGUGCACAAGUCGAAGGAUUCCAGACCUUCAUCCCCGGAUCGGUCACGACGACCCUCGUCGGCGGGCGACGCCGAAGACGCAUCUCCGUCCAUCUACCACACGCUUCUCUCGUUGUACCUUACACCUCCACCACCCCACAAACCAGCGCACGAACCGGCCCUCGAGCUACUUUCGAGACACGGAUCACGUCUACCGGCAGCUUCGACGCUGUCUCUGAUUCCCGACGAUCUCCCGGUCCGCGAUCUGGAGUCAUACUUCCGUGGCAGGAUUCGGUCUGCUAACAGCGUAGUGAACGAAUCGCGCAUAGUGGCCCGGCUGCGAGACACGGAGUUGGUGUCGACACAAGCGCUGCUGCUCCUUGGCGAUAGCAUCCCUGGCGGGCAGGGUGGUCGCAACAGAAGGGUGGUCAUUACGGAGGAGCGCCUCUGCGGCGUGUGCCACAAGAGGCUGGGCGGUAGCGUGGUGUCGGUCCUGCCAGAUAACAAUGUCGUCCACUACGCUUGUCUCAACAAGGCAUCGUCGCAGAGACCACACAGCUCGCGAGCGGGGAGCUGGGCUCGGAGAUUUUCGUGAACAAGGGUGGCGGUGUCUUCAUUUCGGGGUGGGGUGUCGGUGUUGGGCUUUCUUGGUACAUAUUGGUAAUUGCAUAGCCUGGGUAUGGAGCAGCGACAUGGUACAGCAAUACCCCCGUAUAUAGGUGACAAAAAUGUACGAUUGCGCUGAAGAGAGAUAUCGCGUCUUGUCGCUCAGUCAUCGUUGGGAGGUGCCUCCUCGCCGUAGUUUUCCUCCUCGAAUGCGUCGUCGACGGCGGACUUGGCGGCAUCGUUGGCUUUGUCCUCCUCCAUGCGUGCGGUGAGCUCCCUAUUAAUGUUGUCCUGGGCGGCGUUGAUGGAGUUGCGCAGGGCGUUGAGGUAGGCGGCCUUGUCGCCGGCGCCAGAGGUUGGCGGAGCAGUGAGGGACUCGGAAAAGGUGAAGGGCUCGUUGGUGGGAGAUUUGUAGGUGGCGGAAAAGCGGAAGACUGGAGCCGAAGCGGCGGUACCGUUAUUGGUGGUUGCCAUGGUCUCUAUGCCCAUCAGGGGUUUCGUAGGCCAGAGGGAGGACAGAGAGGCGUGGGAUUGUUGACUUCGUACGCUCGGGGGUGGCCGUUGAGCGCUUCGUUCAAAGAGAGGAAGCGGGGGAUGAGAAUUAUGACGAAAAUCAAUGGGUGCAGUGUGGCUCGGCAGGUUUUUGGCCUGAAAGAAUGCGAUCUCGCCC